AUGGUUUUUAAAUUAUUUAUUUAUUUUUUUUUGUAUAUGAUAAGAAUUAAUUUAUUUAAGCAUAACCUAUAUGCCCUUUCAUAUAAGAUUAUAAACAAAUAUAAGUAUUCAAAUAUUAAUAAAUGCAUUCAUUUAGAAAAAACACCUUUUGAAAAAUAUUACAGUAUUAAUUAUAAAAAUAUAAGAAAUAAUAAAAUAAUAGAAAAAAAAGAAGAGAAAUUUUUUUCAAGAAAUUUCUACCUGAAAACACCAAAAGAAAUUGAUAUUGAUAAGAAAUUACGUGAAACAUCAAUGGAAGAGAAAAAUAAAAGUGAUGAAAAAAAUAAUACAAAAUUAAAAAAAGAAGUUAGUGAACAUGUAAAUGAUAUGAAUGUAAUAAAUACUAAAAAAGAAAAUGUUGAAGAAAUUAAAAAAACUGUGAAAACGGAAAAGAAUAAUGUAUCAGAAAAGGUUGUGACAAAAAAAAAAAUAGAUAAAAAAGGAAUAAAAAAAAAAAAGUUAGAAAUAUCAACAAGUAAAGUAUCAUAUCCACCAAUUCCUAGUAGUCUUGAAAAAAAGUGGGAUGAUUUUAAAAAAAUAAAAGAAUAUGCAAAAAAAACAAAUGUAUAUUUAGGUGCACAUAUAUCAGCUUCUGGUGGUGUGCAAAAUGCACCUGUUAAUUCUUUUAAUAUUUCUGGUUUAUCAUUUGCUUUGUUUUUGAAAAAUCAAAGAAAAUGGGAAAGUGCGUCAUUAACUUCUGAUAAUAUUAAUAAAUUUGAAGAAAAUUGUAAGAAAUAUGAAUAUGAUAAAAACUUUAUCUUACCACAUGGAUCCUAUCUAAUAAAUUUAGCUAACCCUGAUAAGGAAAAAAGAGAGAAGUCUUAUUUAUCAUUCUUAGAUGAUAUUAAAAGAUGUGAACAAUUAAAGAUAAAAAUGUACAAUUUCCAUCCUGGUUCUACUGUUGGAUUAUGUUCCAUUCAGGAAGGAAUAAAAAAUAUAUCUGAUUGUAUAAAUAGAGUUCAUAAAGAGACAUCAGAUGUUAUAAUAGUUUUAGAAAAUUCAGCAGGGCAAAAGAAUUCUAUAGGAUCAAAAUUUGAACAUUUAAGAGAUAUUAUAAAUCAAGUAAAUGAUAAAAGUCGCAUAGGAGUAUGUUUGGAUACAUGUCAUACCUUAGCAGCUGGUUAUGAUAUAAAAUCGUUUGAAAAUUUUGAAAAAGUAAUGAAGCAAUUUGACGAAAUAGUAAAUACAAAAUAUCUAAAAGCCGUUCAUUUGAAUGAUUCUAAAUCCGAUAUAGGCAGUGGAUUAGAUAGGCAUGAAAAUAUAGGAAAAGGAAAAUUAACAAUAGAUACUUUUAAAUAUAUUAUGACUUCUGAUUAUUUUAAAAAUAUGCCAAUAAUUCUAGAAACACCAGAUGUAACAAAUGAUGAAUCAGUUUAUAAAUAUGAAAUUGAAUAUUUAUAUAAACUAUGUUUAACAUAA